AUGUCGGACAUGAUAGUGCCCAAUUUGCUUACCGAUGAAAGCGGGUCGCCCAUGGCGUUCUACAUCCACGCCCAGGACCCGCUCAGAGAGAAAUACCUGAAAAUCAUCCGGGACAACGGAGGCUACAUUGAGCCCUCGGAGGUCAACGCAGACAAGAACCAGUAUGUCCAGCUUUCGUCGUAUCCUGUUCCACGGAGAACGACGUUUUCGUUUCAGUUCAUCGACGACUAUUUGGAUAAGGGCGGCCUGGUUUACUUGGAGCCGUACCAGUUGAAUCCUGUCAAGAGGUCAGCUGACGAGUUGGAUGAACAGGAUGUCAGAACCGCCAAGGCCAUGGCACAGGCCAUGAACAAAAAGGCCAAGGGCCCGCCAAAAAGCACCACCAAGUUCACCGUGGAAGCAGACAACUACAUCCUCGAGCAGGUGCGGUUGAAGCCUCGGUUCAGAACAUCGCACAAGUUCUUUGAGGAAUUGGCCCAGCACGAUUUGUUGAAGGGCCACACGGGCAAUUCGGUCCGGUCGAGGUACAGGGCCCAUUUGGAGCACAAGUUGCUGUAUGUGUACAAGACGGACGACUACGACCGGUUGAUUUUGGACGCCAGUGGUAACAGAAUCGCCGUUCCUGUGGGACACGCCAAAACCAUCAAGAACCGCUACACCGCCGACGAAGACUACACCCUCUGUGAGAGCAUCAUCAACCACGUGCUCAACACCCAGGACAGGGAGACGUUGCAGACGGCCGACGACAAGCUGACCAGGCUUCCAGACGGGGUUCUCAACGAGGCCAAUUUCCUGGUUUCCAUUUCGUUUUUCGACGAAUUCGCCCGCCAGAACACCGCCCACUCCUCGCUGAGCUGGAGGGACCGCUACAGAAAGUUUGCCCGUGUGUACGGCCUUCAGCGAAGGCCCCAGCCCAUGAAAAACUUGACUUCCCGCGAGUCCAAGAGCGAGAAGAAGGCCCAGAUCACCGCCAAAAAAUUGAAGGCCAACCAGGUCCGCAUGGAUAUGAGUGCCCACGACCAGGCGCUUUUGGCGGACGAAUUGGCCAGAAACCACCACAGCCAGCUCCACCACAACCACCACUUGACGCACCAGCUUGACUCUGCAGGCGUGGCGGCCGUGGCCAAUAUGGCUGUGGGCCAGGGAGCUCUAGAUGAGGAGAUUGGAGAAGUGAAAAAUUCGAAUAUCGACGAUGCGCUUCGCCAGGUCGGUGUGGGUGCUGGAAGGGUCCAGAUCGAGGACGAUUUGGUCAAUCCCGAUGUCCGUGCUUUGGGAAUCCACCAGACCGACCACAGUGCCAUUCAUCCCAAUCUCGGAGGUGCUUCCGUCGAUGGACACGAUUUCGAGGGUCUUGAAUUGAAGGUGGACGCCGAUUCGCAGGACCCCUGGGCCAAAUACAUGGUCUACUUGCCCCGUGACGUGCUGCUGACGGCGUUGUUCUCGGACAAGUUCAUCCAGUUUGAGCCGAAUGUGAUUGACAGAGCCAGAGAGCUUUUGACGACUUUGGAGCCCGACGAUGUGGGUGUUCUCUUUGACGAGUUUGAGAAAUUGGGCUUCACCAGAGCCUUUGUGGGUCAUAUUCUCAAGGUCACCAGCAGUUCGGUUCGCUACAUCAACGACUACUUGUAUACGCUUCGGGAUGCUCUUCACGAUGACCGCAUCGAUUUGGUUGAGGUUUUGUUCCCUAGAGGCCACAAUGGCUUGUGGACUCCAGAACAGGACUUUGACUUGAAGGAGGGAAACAUGCAAAAAUUGGGUUUCCACGAUUCCGAGAGCAUCGGAGCGAGAAGACAGUUUCUCGGUCUCUAG